AUGGCGAUGACCAACUUCAUCCUCACCGCCGCGGCAGUCGCCGCGGUCGCGUCCAUGAUGCGCUACGACGUGAGGGGAUCGACGUCGAUGCUGCGUAGGAACAUGAGGCAGGUUAGGAUCUGGAUGGAGGAGGCCGGCGCGGAGGCGAAGAACGGGGAGAUGCCCAAGAUCGGAGACAAGACCAAGCCCCCGACCAAGGACCCCUCCGCGUAA